AUAGAUAUAUCAUUCUAAAUAAAUUGUGUUUAAAAUGUAUAAAGCCUUCUAAAACGUCAGUAAUUUAUUACUGUUUCAGUGUCGUAGUGGCAACUCUGUUGUUUCGGGACAGUAUAAAUUUUUAUUUUUAAGUCUGAAGCAACUGCGCGAAAACUCUGCAUAUUCCAACUGAAUCGCGUAUAUUAAAAACAAAAACAGAAUUCACAAAAAAUCGCGCGUAUUUUAUGAAGCAUUGAAUAAAUGUUCCAAGUGAUUAUGUAAAUUAUUUAGAAUUUCCUACGCAACAAUAUAUCGAAGUUUGUGACUCAGAGAUUAGAAAAACAGACAGCUCUGUGUGUUCGGCUUUGCUUUGUUUGAAAUUCGACUUCAAUAAAAUACGGCAUGGAAAUGAGUGCUGCAAUGCUUGCCCGUGUUUCCUUCUACCCAACAUUGCUUUAUAAUGUUUUAAUGGAAAAGGCCACUUCGAGAAAUUGGUACGAUCGCAUUGACGAUAAUGUUAUACUGGGUGCCUUACCCUUCCGUUCUCAGGCAAAUGAAUUGAUCACCAAUGAAAAUAUGAAAGCUGUCGUAUCUAUGAAUGAAGACUACGAACUAUCUAUGUUCUCUAAUGAUUCACCUAAAUGGAAAUUGCUUGGAGUGGAAUUUCUUCAACUACCCACAACAGAUAUUUUUGAAUCACCGAAUCAAGAUAGACUUUACAGUGGAGUAGAAUUCAUAAACAAAUUUUUGCCUAUCGAUAAGCGUAUAAAAGGUUUAAGUACAUCCUCUGAACCAGAAAAUAUUGGGACUGUGUAUGUGCACUGCAAGGCGGGGCGCACGCGUAGCGCAACACUUGUUGGUUGUUAUUUAAUGAUGAAAAACGGUUGGACACCAGAACAAGCAGUAACCCACAUGCGUGCCCGCCGUCCGCAUAUUUUAUUACACACAAUGCAAUGGGAUGCCCUAAGAAUAUUCCACAAAAGAAACGUUGAAAAUACGUGACAUUGAUGCUUCCAAGCGUUAGGUUCAUAGAUCAAGCUUUUAUGGGCCUUAUUCAUUCGCAAAUCCUAUGAUUUACAUUUUAGCUCGUUUUUCUAACGUUGUCAAUUUCUAUAACAUAAUAAAAUAUAUUACACAAACUUCCAUAAGUAUUAAAUUUCGACAUAAAUGUAGCAGUGUGUAUAAACCUAUGCAUUGCAGAUCUUCAUCGAAGUCGUCUAAUGGGCCGACGAGAUGUGUUUUAAAAAGGCAAGCGAAGGGUUUAUGCUCGGUGGCCCACACAAAAGUAAAGGGGAUUAAGAUGGCAGCAAAUAUAGAAUUGUACCGAAAUGGCAAGCCAGCAUUAGAUGGAAGGGAAGUAUCUAACUUCGAAGGGAAUGAUCACCGGAUGGUAUUUAUGGAUGUAUUUGAUUUCUAGAAUUCUUACUGGAGCCGAUGCUGUUUAUAAAAAUGAUUAAUGUUUAUACAUGCAAAACACAAAUGACUAACUUAGAAUUGUCCAAUAUUAUAUUAUUUUAACAAAUAAUAUUACAUAGUAUUUAAAACUCAA